AUGGAUCCAAAAAUUGCAAAGGAAUUGGUGAAAGCCAGACAAGCAGUCAAAGAAAAGUAUCGAGCAUUAAAGUCGGAUAUUGCCCAAUCGGAAACCCAAUUGCAAAAGCAGUGGAAACCUAUAUCGGAACCGCUGCAGCAGUUACUUGAAAAAGUAGAGCCAGUCAAAGUAAAACCAGAGAACUGGAAAUUCGAAUCUAAAACAUCAACACCUCAGAAAUCACCACUUUGA